AUGACAACACGAACCUUUGAUGUAUUGUUCCUCCUGCUGGUUGGAGGUGUUCUAAUAACCUCCAAAAACACACCGGAACUAGCACCUGCAAGCGACGUGCGCCAGAUAGCGGUGGGAGACGACAGUUCGUCUGAUUUUUGGAAAUGCACUGAAACGGCCAAGCUGCUGUACAUUGAGACGAUGAUCGUGGCGAAGGACGACUCGAGCCUCGUCAACGGAACAAUAGUGAUAAACGCUGCUGACCCAAUGAGGCUAAAGUGUGUUCGAAUCGUACCACAAACGAAGCUGGAUCGGUUGGCGUUGGAUGGUUAUCAGUUCCUGGGACCGAAUGCCGUUGAAAUCACCUUGAGGGAGUCUCAGCACUCGCAAUCGAAAGCCUUACACUACUCGGUGUUUCUAUACGGCACAAUUUUACCGAAAAAGUACAAUAAAACAAGUUAA